CUUUAAAGAUUGCUGAUCCACGUCCCAACAUUGGACGAAACCGUUAAAGUCACGUGAGAAUUUUGUUCUCCGGAAAAUGUCGGAAAUAAAGAUGUCUUCUGCAUCUUUUCAUAACAGAUUAGAAAGCAUACAAAAACGGCUCGCCAGGGAAAAUAUAUUGCACGACAAUGACAGACGGGGUAGAGAAGGGAGUACACCCAACCACGGACCAAGAAGACCGCGAAAUUUUACAACAAGUCCCAGUGAGGCCGCUCGUUCAAGUUCAGCACCAUCUCCUAGUCGCCCACGUCUCGACUUCACACCUAAUGUAUUAGAAGGAAAUAGUCGAAAAAGAACGAUGAAUUUAGAAACUGGCGGUAAUCGUACCCGUCGACCGGUGGAUAUUGAUGGUUCAUCUAAAGGUUAUUCACGGCCACACCACGAUAGUUCUGAAAUUGAUCAGAAAUAUGAUGAAAUCAUGAAACAGUCAGGAAUACUCACAUUGGAUGGAAAGAAGGUACAGACAGAUAUUAAUGAUUUAGAUAGUUUAGGUGAACUUGGACAUGGUACUUGUGGUCAGGUGAACAAAAUGAGACACAAGUGUAACAAACACAUCAUGGCUGUCAAGCAAAUGCGUCGAUCAGGUAAUAGAGAAGAAAAUAAGCGAAUCAUUAUGGAUUUGGAUGUUGUGUUAAAAUCUCAUGAUUGUCCAUACAUAGUUCAGUGUAUAGGAACAUUUAUUACAAAUAGUGAGGUAUGGAUCUGUAUGGAGAUAAUGGCUACUUGUUUUGAUAAAUUACUCAAAUCAUCUGGUCAACCAAUACCAGAAAACAUUCUUGGUAAAACAGCUAUAGCGGUUGUGAAUGCUCUGAAUUAUUUAAAAGAAUCACAUGGUGUUAUACAUCGAGAUGUAAAACCUUCCAACAUCCUGUUAGAUGAGAAAGGUACAGUCAAACUCUGUGAUUUUGGUAUCAGUGGUCGUCUAGUCGAUUCUAAAGCAAAAACUAGAAGUGCGGGUUGUGCAGCAUAUAUGGCUCCUGAAAGAAUAGAUCCACCAGAUCCUACUAAGCCAGAUUAUGAUAUAAGAGCUGAUGUUUGGAGUCUUGGUAUCUCUUUAGUUGAACUGGCUACUGGUGAAUUUCCAUAUAGAAACUGUAAAACUGAUUUUGAAGUUUUAACAAAAGUCUUAGAAGAAGAUCCUCCUUUAUUACCAGCUGCAGAUGACUUUUCUUUUGAGUUCCAAUCUUUUGUGACAGAAUGUUUGACAAAAGAUUACAAAAAAAGACCUAAAUACAAAAAAUUACUGGAUCACCAGUUUAUCAAAAGAUACACUAAACAGCAUGUAAAUGUCGCAGCAUGGUAUGCUGAAACAUUACAAAGAACUGAAAAGUUAAAGAGUACACAUGGUAUUACAUCCUGAUAACAUAUUUCUACAUUAAAUAUUAUAUAUGGAUGAGAUCUGUGGUACAAGAAAAAAAAAUUAGUAAGAAUAUCAUAUGGAACAUCAAUAGUAUAUAUUAUACACACCACACUAUUAUAUAUAGAUAGAUAUUAACAUCUUCUAUAUAAAAUACUAAAAUAACCACAUCAAGAUGCUGUUGAAUAUCAUCGGAAGUAAGAGUGUAUGUUAUGUUAUCACCCUGAACUCUUUAAGAAAGAUAAUUAGUUAUAACUUGAGUUUGAGGUUUUGUGGUGAGCUGUGGGUGUGUUGGGAGUAGGGUGAAGCUGAUAUGAGAUUGCUGAAGAUUUUAAGUACAUUGAGAACUUAGAUCUUUUAUUUAUCAAUGAGGUAUGUUCAAAUGAUUUCAUUUUGAACACGAUUAAAACACGUCUACUGUAUAUUUGAUAUUUGAAAUGUAGGUUUGUUUAUUGCCAUGGUUAAAGGUAUAUUUAUAUACGUCAUGGUGAUAGACGUGUAUUAUGGUGUCUUAAUUGAUAUUAUAUCUUCUGAUUCGAAUCUUGGUUUUUUGUGUGUUAUAAGAUGUCAAUAGUCUUAUUCCUGAAACAUUGGUUAUCAGCAUUACACAUAGUUCAUUCAUCCUUGCUACACUUGUCAUAUUGUUGAUACAUGAUUGUACAUUAUGGAAUGAAUGACUCUCAAUUCCAUGAUCACUGACAAUUAAACAUGAGAAUUGGUUUCAGUAAAGCAUAUGCCAACAUAUGCCAACAAAAUAAUUCAGUGCAAACAUGCAGUACGCUGAGUUUGAUCAUGUCACGAUUCUCCUCACACUGCAUCUGACAGAACUGUGACUGGAUGCAAAUUCGAACAUCCCAGAAUUACAGUUGAGAAUAAACCAUAGACGAGCAUGGAUGUAUUUAUUUCAUCCACUCAAAUCUAGUGUCCCUACACUUGGAUUAAUUUAUGUAUCAAUUCGGAUGGAUUUUCAGGAAUUUGUACAUCUUGAUUUUCUGGAUGAACCUACCAUGACAUUUGUUAUUGGUCCAAGAGACCUUUUAAUUUGAUUUUACUUCAACUUUCUAUUUUGUUUAUAUCUAGUCUCACUUUCAACAUAGAAUCUUGAAUUAUUGCCAUGUAUUACAAUUGUACAAAACACCUCUGUAAUUAUAAAUAUUUAAAUUGCCCUUACUGAGGCCAAACCAUUUGAACAGGUGAUUGAAUUGGAGUGUCCUAACAGUGAACCAUUAUUACUUGUUACAACAUAAUGGACAUGUAUGUAAAUGAUUAAACACUCCUGGCUGGACUUAGGUAUGUGAAUUUGGGUCGAUUUUGUGUACUUCAGUUGGUUGCAGUGUUAAAUUUGAUAUUUUUAUUACAUGGUUAAAUUAAUUUAUUCAAGAAUCGAUUUAUAUUUAAGAUAUUCUUAAUUUUAUUAAAAGAUUUAAAUGAAUUUGUACAAGAAUCAAUUUUUAAAUUUAAUAUAUUAUUUUUAUUAAAUAUACAAUUGAAUUUGUACAAGACUCAAUUUGAAUUUGAGAUGCAAAUUUGAUUAAAUAUUUGUACAAGACUCGAUUUAAAUUUAAAAUGUUGGUAUUUUUAUUAAAUAUUUAUAUGAAUUUGUAAAAGAAUCAAUUUAAUUUAAAGAUAAUGAAUUUGUACAAGAAUCAAUUGUAAACAUUCGGCCUCUACAUAUUUAUGAAUAUUUGUCAAAUAUUGCUCUUUUUUUUUUCGAAAAAUCACUGAUUAUUGUCCGAAAAUACUUGGGCAGGAGAUCACUUUGUACAGAUUUAGGAGAGCAGCAGUCCCCUUCUUCCCACCAACUUGUGUCUGAUAUGCCUAUCAGUUAUGUUUUCGUCUUAAUACAUAAUGUUUUAAAGGGAGUGGCCGGAGUGGGAGGUAAAAUGGUACAGUGCAAUAUUUUAAAGUUCAAAGUCUCUCCCAAAUUUUACGGUACCAUAGUAUGAUAAACAGUUGUUUCCUGUAAAUCUGGAUUUACAGUUAAGCUUUUGUAUUUUGUUAUUGUUGAGAUCUUAUUAUGAGCAAUUCUAUUUAUUGUAAUGAGUAGCUAUCGCUGGUCGCGAUACAAUUUAGAAAUGGGAUGAGCAAGAGGAUAAAAUUUUCUCGGUUUGUAUGCUGAGAAGCUUGUUUAGUUUUUUAUUUAUUAAGUAAUUUUUUGUUGGGGCAGGUGGUUAAUACUCUGAUUGUUCAGAAAAUUAAAAUAAGAUGUAUCCAUAAACUGAUGAUAUACACUGUACUAUAAUUUAUAUGAAGAUAUACAGAUAUACAAUGUACCAGAAUGUACAUAUGAAUGAAAAUAUAAAAUGAAUUGUAAUGUGUAUAAAGAUAACUAAAUAUACACAUUAGAAAUGUAUAUGAAGAUAUACAAUAUAUUUUAUAUGAAGAUAAACUAGAGAUACAUAAUGUACUGUAUUAAAGAUAUACGGCACAUUGUAUUGCAUACAGGAAUAAACUAAAAAUAUACAAUGUAAUGUAUUUUAAUGUAUAUGAAGAUAAACUAAAGAUAUAGAGUAUAGUGUAAGGCAAUGAUGCAGAUAAACUAAAGAUACAUAAUAUACUGUAAGGUAUAUGAUAUACAUUGUAUUGAAUGUAGAUAAAAUGAAAAUACACAAUAUACUUUAAGGUAUAUGAUGAUAUACAAUUUAUUAUAUUGUCUGUAAAGAAAUACUAAAGAUAUACAAUGUAAAUUACAUUGUAAUGUAUUUAGAUAUGUCCUUAAAAUUUUUAUUGUCGUCAAACCUUGUGGGAUAUUUUAUCAUUCACAGAGUUACUGCCCUUUGCACCAAAACCGUAAAAAAGGAUUAAAUGACUUUUAAAAGGCUGUUAAUGUGUUAUUUACGUGGUUAGCAGCAAGACCCCCAUGUUUGUUUUUAUUUGAGGUAUAUAAACUUAUCCUCUGAUUUGUUAUUAAACUUCGAUAUUAAUUAUGAAAGUUUCUUUGGGAGGGGGGGGGGGGGUCAUAUUUAAAACUGACUAACCUGGCAACUAAAUUAACUUUUUAUUAAACAUAUAGGAUAAGUAACCCAUGUUCAUCAUUUUAACUGGGAUUUUCUCUGGAGUACCAUAUACCUUAAUUGGUUUAUUUGUUUAUUAAUCGAAAACAUGACAUGAUAUAAAUUUGUCAUGAUUUUAUGAUUGUCAGUUGUCAAUUACCUUCCUUGUCUUUGAUUAGUCAGCAAAAGAAAGGAAAACAGUCGGCUAUAAUUGUCAUUUGAUGUAGACAUGGUUACCUGAUAUUAAGCUCCACAAAAAAAAUGCGCAUUAUAAAUAUAGGUUGGUUGAAUUGAGGGGGGGGGGGGGGGGUAUUGUGUUAUACUGCAUCAUUAAAACAAUUAGUUGAAAUAGGGCUUGGGUUUUUUCCAGUGCCACUCAACUCUGCAGGUCAUUCCACUGAUGAGUGGUAACUGUGGCGCUUUAAAAAUCCAUUCUAGUCAUGUAUACAGUGCUUACUUAGGGAUUUAAAAACAGAUUAUAGACAGUAACCCUACAAGCUGUAACCACUGAUUUCUGUGAUUCAACACUGUAUAUGUUUAUUUUAAUAUUCUGUUUUACAUGGACGGUAUCUAAAUAAAAUAGUUUACCAGUAGAAAAAUAAAUUGGUCAUUGUGUAGCAGGCACAGGAUUGUAUCAAUUUAGGUAAAAAUUAAAGAAUUGGAUUAGGUUGAUAUACGAUAUGUUAUAUAUUAGUGGUGGACAAACUGCUUGCAUUUGAACUAAAUUUCAACAGGGUAAGCGGAAGUCAUUUUUUUUUUACUAAUUUUAGCAUCGUUUAUGAUUCUUUUUAUGGGCGUAAUAUUUGAAAUGGAGGAACUGAAACCAUACUGUAAAUUACUACUCAAAAAUAAUCAAACCAAAGGUUCUCACAUUUCACCAGAAUUAAUGAGGCGGGGUUCUUUUAAUUGACACAAUAAAAAUUGUUCAUUCUGUCUGGAAAGUAAUGGAUUUAUUUUUAAACUAAUGAUAUUAGAAAUGCUCAGAUAUUAUUAAGAUGUAUAAAUAUGUAAUUAUAAUAGAGAUGUAAGAUAAGAUAAUUUGUAUAAUGUGUUUUAUGUAUAUAAUUUGUGUAAGUGUUAUGUUAUUUCACAACCCUUAUAUUAUCAUUGAUGAAAUUAACACUUCUAUGUAUUCUGUUUCAAAAAAUAAAAUGUUGUAGAUUAU